UCCAAGCUCAUGUUUUUCAACAUUAAAGAUAAAAUCAAAUGUACAUAUCGGAUAUGAAUAUGCAUUCGAUGUGAAUAUUCUUUUAAAGUUUUUCCAUGUAUAUCGAAGGUCUUUGAAAAAUCAUAUCUCCGUAACUAUGUCCAAAUAUGCAUCAAACACAGAUGUUCCACGCAAAAAAAAAAGUCCUAAGUAGCAAAGACCAGAUAUCAUGCUACUCAGACUAAGGGCUCCUUUGGUUUGUCAUUGCAUACCAGUGAGGUGCAGUGGGGGGAAAAUGGCAGCAACCUCACUGGUCAGCCCUUUGGUUCAACAUGCCAGUCCGGUGAGAAGCAGCCUCCACCACGCUGGUCAGCCCCAAAUCAACUGGCGAUUUUUGGUCCGAUUUCAACUAUUGCUGGUGAAUUGAGAUACACCGAUGCCAUGAAACUGCAGAAUCAGAUCAGCUGGAGAGCCGCCUUCACCUAGGGCUGCUCACGCUGCAGUCGCGGUUGGCACCACGGUUGUGUUUCAGGCCUGUAAAACAGCAGAAUCAUCACUAAAGAUUGCCGCAUUUAUAUCAUUUUAUGGUGUAUUGGUUAUUUUAUUGGUUUAUUUGUUUCAUUGGCUAGGGUGGAAUAGGACCAGCUGGUCAUUCUACUGAUGAUUACGUGCUUGAUCUGACCAAUGAUAAGUUUAAAUGGAAUCUCCGCAUUCGGAGCAGUUUUGCACGUAAUAUCCACUUCUCUUCUUGGUAUAGUUGCAAUAACUAUGGCGAACACAAUUGCUGGUGAAGAAACAGUGCAUAAACUUGCUUCACUUUUGCUCAUAGUUCUUGGUGGUAGCUAUAUAUUGUUGUUUUUGUCUGGUAAGGGUGGACACAGUCAUUCUCAUAACCAACCCAUGGAGAAAAUGGCCGUCGCUGGCCUUGUCCUCUUUCCAGCAUUGUCUCCUUUUGCAACCACUCUUCCUGUGUUCCUAGCUGUCGGAAAUUCGUCUUCCAUGAUGGUACUUGCCAUUAUAGUGUUGCUAUUCAGGUAUACAUGACAAACGACUUUGAAAAUUUGAGAAUGGCUUAUUCAAUUUGAUUUUUAUUUAUAAAUAGUUAGUUGGCAGUUUAGUUGAAAGAGAGCUUAUUUUCAUGUGUUUCCAAUUGGUAUAGCAUCUUCAGUUAACUAUAGACUGGUGUUAACAUACAAGUACUUUGAUGUAUGUCUUCAACUUUUAUCAUGCAUAUUGAUUUUAAUCUUUUUCUUCUUU